GGCGUGGCUUAUGAGGAGGAAGUGAAAGGGGAAGAGCGAAGAAGGAGAGGCUUGCAGAUAGUUAGCUCGCUGUCAGCUUAGCCUUCCAACAAAGUGACAAAUUGACCAACUGCUGACCAUUUGCCGCCUUCAUUUUGGAUUUUUUUUAUUUAUUGCUGCCUAAUAAUAGCGUUGAAAUAACAUCUGGUCAGGCAACAAUUUUAGUACCAGCGAGCUAGCUAACGUAGCUAGCCUGUUAGCAUUAGCAUCUGUUAGCCGGCAGGAAGUCUUCUUCUGUGGGGAACAAGCUGAACCGCUUUGAAGAAUGACGUCCAGGAAGAAGGUGCUCUUGAAAGUCAUCAUCCUGGGAGAUUCUGGCGUUGGAAAGACGUCCCUGAUGAACCAGUAUGUCAACAAGAAGUUCAGCAACCAGUACAAAGCCACCAUCGGGGCAGACUUCCUGACAAAGGAGGUGAUGGUGGACGACCGGCUCGUCACCAUGCAGAUCUGGGACACAGCAGGCCAGGAGAGGUUCCAGUCCUUGGGCGUGGCCUUCUACCGUGGGGCCGACUGCUGCGUGCUGGUGUUUGACGUGACCGCCCCCAACACCUUCAAGACCCUGGACAGCUGGAGGGACGAGUUCCUCAUCCAGGCCAGCCCUCGAGACCCGGAGAACUUCCCCUUCGUGGUGCUGGGCAACAAGAUCGACCUGGAGAACCGACAGGUGACCACCAAGAGGGCCCAGGCCUGGUGUCAGAGUAAGAACAACAUUCCCUACUUUGAGACCAGCGCCAAGGAAGCUAUAAACGUGGAGCAGGCCUUCCAGACCAUUGCACGCAACGCCCUCAAGCAGGAGACGGAGGUGGAGCUCUACAACGAGUUCCCCGAACCCAUCAAGCUGGAUCGAAAUGAGCGAGCCAAGACUUCGGCCGAGAGCUGCAGCUGCUGAGCGACCACCAAGACUCUCUCUCUCUUUCUCUCUCUCUCUCUCUCUCUCUGUCUCUCACCACCCGUCGCCCCCAGGGAACGCCCCCGCCCGAUAGUCUUCCUCCGUCACGUCCAUUCCAUCAUCCCUCUCACCGAGUGCACAAACCAUGGUUACGCUCUGGGGAAGAAGAAGAAGACAAGCACACAGCCAGUGUCCAAAGAACACAGAGGAGAACAGCGCCCCCCUCUGGCACUCGCUGGUGAGACAUCAACUUGUUGGACCCUUAUUGGGAACUCUUAACUGGACUGAUUUGGUGCUUAGUAAUAAUGUGAGACCAUGGUCAGCAUCCCAAGAAGCUUAUCAGCCCUUUCUCUUCACUCUCUAUUGCCUGUCAAAAGUAAUGUUGUUGAAGUAUAUACACACACACACACAUACAUAUAAACAUACAUAUAUAUAUAUAUAUAAAUGACAUUUAUAUUUGAAUUGGCAAAUGUUACUUCUCAAGCCAAUCUGAAACACAUUCAUUUUUUGUUUUUGCACUUUCUAAUGUAAUUUUGCCUUUAUAUGUUCUUUAUGUAGAGGGAUGAUUGAUUAUGGGCAACUUCUGCCAAACACACACACACACACACGCCUUUUCUGUUAAUAUAUGGUAUAAAAGUAUCUCUGAUUGUACGACCAGCUCCACUACACGCUUCUGCUAACACUCUUUCAACGUUCAUCUCCCUCAUUUCUCCUCUCACCGUCUGCUUGUAGCUCAGGUUGGCGAAACUAUUUCAUAUUUUAAACGCCUCGUGUAUUACUGCGGUGUAUAGACAAAAUGAUAUAAGGGGUUGAUGUCUCUUUCCAUCUACAACAACCCAUCAGUUGUUCUGCCCUUAUAUUCUUUCUCCUCGUAGAAAAUGAACAGACGCACUGCAAUGCCAAUAAUGUUGUCAACGGAAAUUUGAACAUCUAAUAAAACUCUUGAAUAUA